UUCACCCUCAAAUUGUUGCCUCCUCUCGUCUCUACCCAGGGACUAACGUUUACUGGUCAGUGCAGUGUCAAGGCGUCCCGUAGCAGAAGACCUGCACCAGAGAAUGUGGACAAACCUGUUGUAAGACAGCACAAACCUUAGUCCUACAUCAAAAGAUGGAAAUGCAGGACCAGGAGUCUCUGGGGAGAUGGGACGGGCUGGGCAGUCGGGAUGCCAUCUCCAGAACUGAAGCCAUGGAUAACAUCUGCCAGGUGGUCAUGAGCAAAGUGGAGGCCAUCAGGCCCAUACCAUCACAAGCUGUGUCACCCCCAGCCUCAGGAAGCCCGCCCAACAGUGACCUGAAUGACACGCUGGCUCACCUUCUCAUGCUGUCCAAACGGUGUCCCUUUGAAGACGUCAAGAAGCGUUGUGUUGGGCUUCUGCAGUCUGUCCAGGACUUGGGAGUAAGGAUCCCAAGACCCUUAGGUAACGGACCAAGCAGAUUUAUCCCUGAGAAAGAGAUUCUUAAAGUCAGUAAAGUGGACACCAGGACACAGUCGAUAUUUGAGGAUGCGUUUGCAGCCCUCGGUCGCCUCGACAACAUUUCUCUGGUCAUGGGAUUUCACCCGCAGUACCUGGAGAGCUUUCUCCGGACGCAGCACUACCUGCUGCAGAUGGAUGGACCCCUGUCUUUGCACUACAGACACUACAUUGGCAUCAUGGCGGCAGCUAGACAUCAGUGUUCCUAUUUGGUCAACCUACAUGUCAACGACUUCCUCCAAGUCGGGGGUGACCCCAAGUGGCUGGACGGCUUGAACGAAGCCCCGCAGAAGUUGCAGCAGCUCGGAGAGCUCAACAAAAUCCUGGCCCACCGGCCAUGGCUUCUCACCAAGGAACACAUCGAGCACCUUCUCAAGGCAGAGGAACACAGCUGGUCCCUCGCAGAGCUAAUCCACGCCGUGGUCCUCCUCACACACUACCACUCCCUCGCCUCGUUCACCUUCGGCUGCGGCAUCACGCCCGAGAUCCACUGUGACGGCGGACACACUUUCAGACCCCCCUCCGUCAGCCAGUUCUGCGUCUGCGACAUCGCCAAUGGCAACGGUCAUGCUAACCACCACGAUGAUCUGCUCGGCAACCAGGAGAUGUGUGGCGAGGUGGAGGUGCUGAUGGAGCGCAUGAAGCAGCUGCAGGAGUGCCGCGACGACGAGGAGGCGAGCCAGGAGGAGAUGGCAACUCGCUUUGAGAGGGAGAAGACGGAGAGCAUGCUGGUGGUCACAGCAGAGGACGACGAGUGUGUCCCCUCCAGAGACAUCUCCCGACACUUUGAGGACCCCAGCUAUGGCUACAAGGACUUCUCCAGGAGGGGGGAACAUGUGCCCACACUCAGAGUGCAGGACUACAGCUGGGAGGAUCACGGCUACUCUCUGGUCAACAGACUGUACCCUGAUGUUGGUCAAAUGCUGGACGAGAAGUUCCAGAUGGCCUACAAUCUGACCUACAACACCAUGGCAACACACAAGGAUGUGGACACCAGUAUGCUGCGCAGGGCCAUCUGGAACUACAUCCACUGCAUGUUCGGCAUCAGGUAUGACGACUAUGAUUACGGAGAGAUAAACCAGCUUCUGGACCGUAGCUUUAAGAUCUAUAUUAAGACCAUGGUGUGCAGCCCUGAGAAGACCACCAAACGAAUGUAUGAGAGUUUCUGGAGGCAGUUUCAGCACUCCGAGAAGGUUCACGUUAAUCUGCUUCUUAUGGAAGCGCGAAUGCAAGCAGAACUGUUAUACGCUCUGAGAGCGAUCACCCGCUACAUGACAUGAAGUGCUUUUGGCAUUUUUAUUGUUGUCUUUUUACUGUCGUUGUUGUUGCUCACUUUGGGACACUUCAAGAAAAAAAAAGAGAAAACAAAAAAAAUCAAACAAAAAUGUGGAAAAGAUGUGAGGGGGGGAAAAAAAAAGCCCUGAGUUGUGAUCGAGCUUGUUGGAUGGAUGUCGAGAAGAGGAUCAGAACAAAUGAAAGAAAAGAACUGUUGAAGAAAGUCAUCUCAAACUACAAGUGGAUACACAAACUCAGUUCUUGUUGCCUGCAGUGCCAAAACUGACCAAGAGAGAGCAGCCUGGAGCAAACUCCUGCUCUGCUGUGAGGGGGGGGAGGGAGUUUGUGCCGAUGGCCUGAGCACUGACACCGGAGGCAUCCAGGACAACGUUUCAGUAUUCCAGCAUGCAACAACGAUUUUAUUUUUUAUUUUUUAUUUUUUUUGCCAAUCUCUUCUGUCUCCUGGUAGUGUGAAGACCCACCGAGGAAAAAAAAAAAAAAUCCCCCAAGAAAAGCUGUGCAGCCAGAAACAGUCUGCACUUUGAUUCUGUCAUCACUGUUAUAUUUGUUUAGUUUCUUUAAUAUUUUUUUUUUUUGUAUUAAGGGAAGUGGAUGUCGUUGUGGUUGCUGUUCGUGGUAACUGGAGAUGGAAGCAUUAACUUUUUUUUUUUUUCUUUUUUUUUUACGUGUGCCUGAACUAUCCAGCACAGUGUGCAUACGUGCUGAUGCUGCUGCUCCCAUGUCGUAUUCAGCGGGAUCAUAUUGAUCCCCAAAUCACCCAACCCACCCCCUCAUUAUAUCCCUUUAAGCCCCUAUCCAUUAAAAAUCCACUGCAUUACCCCCUCCCUUUCUCUCCCCUUUUUGUCCUGCCCCCAAACCCCAAAUCUCAAAUGUCAAUGUAAGCUAAUCCAAGGAGUGUGUGAAAAGUAGAGAGGCGUGGAGAGAAACUCAAAGAACACUGUCUGAGCCCUUUUUUUUUUUUUUUUGACUGUACACGAGUGGAUGAGUUCUUGUAUUCAUGAUGACUGAGGUGUGGAUGUUAUGCGCCUGCGUGUGUGUGUGUGUGUGUGUUUCACAGAAAUGAUGGAUAAAAAAAAAAAUUGUCUUUGAAUUUCAUGUGUCAAAAAAGAAAAGAAAAAAAAAAAGCAAGGCACUUUGAAGGAAAGACUUCUUGCUUCUGAUGUAGCUCUGUUUUUGUGAGAUAACUGUUUAUCAUUUGUUGUUCUUGAUGAUGAUGAUGAUGUCUUUUAUUGUUCUGGUAAUGGGAAAACAAAAAGAUAUAUAAAAAAAAAAAAAAAAAAAGCUAAUCAAAAAGAAAGUUAGAAACCAGGUUUUCCAGGAGGGAUUUGCUUCCGGUUGCCCUAACCACACCUUAUCUGUCUUCCGCUUAUCCCAGUUGCCUGGUCACCCUAACACUUUCAAAGCUUUUGGAUUGUGAAUUUUACCAGUAAAUGAAUACCUCUUCUGUUUUUCUCUAGAAAACAUAUAAGAAGUGCUCUUUGAUGAGCAGAGACUCUUUCCGGGCUGCCGCGUUCCCUUUUUUUGCUCGGGGACCCGGUUCGCCCACACAGGGCCGACUGCGGUUGACAGUUGUUGAACGCAAAAGGUUGUAGCUGUGCUUAUUUCCCUGCUGGGGAAGUCUAACCAGUGCAAAAGCAGCUUUUUUUUCUUUUUUUUAAUUUUGCACAGAGGUGUAAAGCCUCUGCUCUUUUUGUUUUUUGUUUACUAAAACCAGUUUUAAGUACUGCAUUCUUCUGAGGGUGGAUUGAGAGAAUCAGACAGAUGAAUGAGUGAUAUCUCGAUGAGGAAGAGGAGGCUGAUGAUGAUAAAAGAAUGGUACAUUUGGAAGUGGUUUGAGAGGAAGUGGAGGUUUUUUGUUUUGUUUUUUCAAACUUCUGACUGAUGUCAGUUACUGACACCUUUUUUUUUUUUUUUUAUACGAAAAUAUAUGAAAAAAAUCUGAAAAAAAUAAACUAUGAUAUUGAA